AUGAAAGAUGUAGAGGAAAAGCUUGAACUGUGGCGCCAGACUCUAGAAUCGACGGGCUUCAAACUUAGUAGAACCAAGACCGAGUAUUUGAAGUGUGAUUUCAGUGAAUCCUGGGCAGUUGAAGGGGACAUGCUGCUAAAUGGACAAUCUGUACUAAGAAAAUAUUCUUUUCGCUAUCUGGGAUCGAUGCUCCAAAGUGAUGGAGGAAUCGAGGAGGAUAUUUCCCAUCGGGCUAAAUCUGCAUGGGGGAAAUGGCGUUUGGCAUCUGGCUUCCUUAGUGAUCGCAAAGUUCCACUAAAGCUUAAAGGUAAUUUUUACAAAUCAGCGAUUAGGCCUUCCAUGCUGUAUAGUGCGGAAUGUUGGGCGAUGAAUAAUAGAGACACAUUGAAGCUUCAGAGUACCGAGAUGCGGAUGCUGAGGUGGGCGUGCGGGCAUACGAGGUUGUUUUGGGGUAAAAACUGA